UUCCGCAUCUCAAACGCUCGAUUUCGAGCGUGACGUAGGAAUUGGUAGACGGACGUUCUAAUCAUCAUAGACUACAUAGGCAACAUAACAACAAUGGAUAACAGUUUCGGACCACUUCCGUUCAAUUUUGAGCCAGCUAGCCGUGAGGGAGAACAGCAACCACCUAAAAGGGGGAGACACCAUGGCAAUAGGAGGGAGAUAGAGUUGUGGUGUCAGGAGAAUUAUGGUGAACCAGGAGCGGCUGAACAUCAACACGGCCACGGAGGAAGAGCUCAUGACCCUGCCCGGUGUCAACCGCCCCGUGGCGCGGAGCAUCGUGGAGUAACGGGACUGCAUCGGGGGCUUCAAGAAGGUGGAGGACCUAGCGCUGGUGAGUGGGAUAGGCGCCACCAAACUGGAGAUUAUUAAAGUGGAGAUCUGCGUGUCGAGUAGGACCAGUUCGUCGCAGCACUCCCCGUCCUCCCUGCGGAGAGACCCGGAGCAUAUGUCCUCCUGCAGCGGCAUGAACAUCAACACCGCCACCCCGCCGCAGCUCAUGAGCAUCCGCGGCAUCACGGAGAAAAUCGCCCGGAACAUUGUCGCCUAUCGGACCCAACACGGUCCGUUCAAGAGCAUCGAGGACCUGGUUCGGGUCGAUCACAUAAACUGCUCCCUACUGGACAAGAUCCGUUUCCAGGUGUUUGUGGAGCGCUCAAGAACUCCGUCCACCAAUACCAACGGCGGGCUGACCUACACGGGUCGGUCCCAUCCGAGCCCAACCUCGUUCAGCCUCCGGAGCGACGACCUCGACCUCCCGCCGGGAGGACCCACGCAGAUGGUGUCCCUGCAGCCCCGCGUGGCACCGGGCCCGCGGGACGGCCGGGCCGCGGUGCGCCUGGCCACCUGGGACCUUCAGCGCUGCUCCAGUGAAAAGGCCAACAACCCUGGCGUCAAAGAGGUCGUGUGUAUGCCCCUACUGGAGAACGAGUGAGUACAACUAACGUGAGGGUUUGCAGGCUCGAAAGCCUGCUCCAUCCUUUCUCCGAUCGGGGAAACUGUGAAAUCGGAGAUGGUCGGACAGGAGGUCGGAGUUGGAACAACCCCCACAGAUACAAAACCUCAUCUCGUCGAUUAGAAAAACCCAAA